UUAAAUGUUUCAGUUAUUCAAUGAGUGUUAAUUUUGCUAUUAACUAUAUAAUAUAUUAUAAUAAGAUUUUUUUUUAAAUUCGACAUGAAAUUAAUUAUUAUAAUAAUUGUUGUUUUAAAUAUAUUUCAAAUGUAUGCUAAACCUACAUUUUUUACCACACCAGACCCACAAGAUGCAUAUGAAUCGAAUUACACGAUACCCUUUUCAGGGGGGCGCAUGGCACCCACGAUUUCAACGACAUCAUAUUGUUCUUAUCAAAGCACGAAUGUAUAUAAUAAUAUUAUAAUAUGUUACCGAUGUCCUUUCGUAUCCUUGCAGUAUCGUGAAAAUGUUUAUUAUAAAACACGUGACGGAUGCUGAUAGGCAUAAAAGCUUAUAACCUAACCUAACCUAGCUCUUUACAAGGGAAAGGAUUUAUAUGCAUUUAUUAUUUUAUUUUCAAUAGUUAUGUAUUAAUACGAUGUAAUUUUUAAAAAAUUUUAUUCUAAAUAAAUGCAUACAAACCUAACCUUCCUAAGUAUCACAAUUCCAACCUAACCUAAACCUAACUAACCAAACCCACAGGACGUAAAAUUUAAUUUUAAUUGUAAUUUUUACGUUGUUACAAUACUAACAACCUAACCAAAAAUGAAAUGAAUUGUGUACGUUAAAUUCUAUUAUUUUUAUAUAAAUAAACAAUAAUACCUAUUCAUUUUAAAAAAAUAUUUGUACUUUUUUUAAAUAACUACCUUAAUAUUUAAACUAUAGAACUUUAUUAUUUAAAUAUAAUAAGCUUAUACAUUUUUUUAUAAAAAAAAGAUUCAUAUCAUUAGAGAUAUUGUCACAUAUUUAUAAUUUUAUAUUUUUAUAUUAAUAAUUAAUAUACAUUAAACUUAUACAAAUAAAAAACAAACCAUUAUCAAAUAAUAUAUAAACAUUGGUAUCUAACAAAUACCCACUUAUUGACGUUAAUGGUGAAAUACGUUUUUUUAUCAUCCGGUUAAACACUAAUAGUGGGAUAUAGAAGUAUUAAUUAGCAUUUCAAAGUACACACCGACUACGUAACAUUAUUCUGUUACUAUACUCUGCUACUCUGUUAGCGUUCAUAGUUAGCGUUCAUAGCGUUCACUAAAUAAAUAAAAAUAUUAUUUAAAAUUUAAUUAUUUUAAAUUCAGUUGGAAAUUAUGCUGGACCAUUUGCAUCAGAUCGUGGACCGUGGUAUACAUUUCAGUUUCUGGUUGUGCAUGGGAUACGCGACCAGCACUUGUGGAGAUUUCCACUUUCCGCCCUUCACUAUUGGAGAUUUUUACUUAGUCGCCCGUCACUAUUGUCUCAAAAUCAAGUUCGUCAGUCGACUCAGUCGUAAUUGGAACGCAGUGACUUAUACUUCAAACCCUGCAGGGCCGUUCAAAGCACCGAGCCGUUGUCACAACUCACAUACCUACUCGUCGAGAACAAUAAUUGAUUCAUCGUCGAUUCCGUAUGCACACUGUGAGGCGGAUGGGUUGUGGGCAAUCGCUUGACAAAAGAUUUCCUAAAGAUUCACAUAUGAGGGCUCAAUGGUUUGAACAAAUUCAAAAGGGUUCAAAGGAAACUGUGAAUAUUAAUUUUGAAACAGCUGCAGUAUGUUCAUUACAUUUUCCACCUAGUUCAUACGAGAACAAAACAAGGGCACAAAACAUGUUGAAUUAUAUACCCAUCCGUGGCAGAAAACUAAAACCUGAUGCAGUACCAUUAAGUAAUUGUGAAUGUCUUGAAACAAGUAUGCAUGGUAAAAAUAGUCCAGUUCAACAAUCACCUAAAAUUUGUACACCGUCUGGAUCAUUUUUAGUUACAAAUCUAGCUGAUGAACCAACCAGUAUUGAACCAGUAAUUAAAGUAAAAAAAAGUUGUAAAAUUAGUCUUUUUGAUAGUUUGGAAUCUGAUACAAAUUUUGGAGUAGAAGUUCUUGCAGAAGAAUAUAAUGAUUCUUGUUCGCUUCAAAUUUGUAAUCCAUAGUUGAUCAGUUUCUUAGGAAGAUAACCAUUUGAAAAUCAUAAAAGUUAGUCUCAAUAUAAAUACUACUUCUUGGUUCGUGCGGGAGUAUAGUUUUUAUAAUAACCUGAUGGACCAAGAAUUGUAUUUAAUAUUGAAUUAUAAUAUGUUUUAGCAAUUUAAAAACAUUUGUUACAAAUGUAUAAAUCAAUAGCAUUAAUUUAUCUAUACAUCAUAACUAUUACAAAUGUAUAAAUUAUAAUUAUUACAAAUAUAUAGAUUAUAAUUGUUUUAUUUAGCUACUUAAAUAUUCACAAUAAAUUAAAUACAUUAUUACUUUAUUACUUAACUAACAUGUACUUAUGUAAAAUAUUUUAUAAAUGUGCAACUCAACUAGUAUUGUAAAUCAUACUUUAUUCAUGUUUUUUCUUUUUUAUAACAAACUAUACUGUUUAUUGUUUGUUGGUUUGGUAUUAUUGUAUUUUUUUUUUACUACUAGAAUUUAUUGUUUAUUCAUUGUUAUGCAUGAUAAUCAAAUAAAUGUUUAUUGUUUUUUUAUUUAUAAA